ACAUAAUUAUAGACAACUAUACCCGGAAACUGGGCUAAAGGCCUUACGGAAUUUCAGUGACUUUAGGCAUAACUGAUGCCACAUUCACUGUAGCAAGACUCGAUGGCCAACGUUUCCAACUCUCCGGGAUUGCAUUAAUGUGAUGCAAACUUAUAAGCAUGCAUGUAUAUGGUACUUUCGGCAACAAGAAAGUACCAUCAACGCUCUCCAUAGUGAACAUAAUAUUAUACAGUUGUAUCCUUUAUAUUUUUUGACUCUAGAAUAUUAUUAGUAUUAUCGAAUCACUGAACAACUAAAAAAAUUAUACGUGUAAUACUUUAUUAUAUAAUAACAAUUUCAAGCUUUUUUUUCAACGCUUUUUUGCGCAAUACAAUUAGCUAGAUCAACAGCAACCUUUGGUUAUCGGAAUUCUUAUGGUACUGCACGAAGAUUUGAAUGAAAUGUAUGUAUAUUGUUAGGAUGAAACUCAGUUUAAAAUACUGAUAUAUGAAAGAAUUGCUGUAGUAAAUUCUCGAUUCUCUAUAAAUUUUUCUAAUUUUAGGACGGAAGCGCAUCUUACGCCUCUGCUUCGAACUAUAGGCAACAAAGUGAACGCGAAACACUCGCUGCAAACUGAACUACUCUGUAAAAACAGAUUGUUAAAACAACUAAAUUUGAAAUUGAUUGUUUUAGAUUCAUCUUAUUCUUCUAUUUUGUAAUAACGACCAAAUAAUUGGUUUUCCUAUAACCAAAUUUUCAUUUCUUUAAACCAAUAAGAGGUGGUGCAAUGAAUGAAUCCAAGAAGACUUCAUAAACGUGUCUAGCUGGUUUUGUGUGCAUAAGCUGAAUGAGAGAAGACACACACGAGAGACUCCAACGUCUUCUUGAAGCUUGAAAUACGUCAUCUCGGAAACGAAUCCCGUAGUUAAAUUCGUAGAAACUGAUGUUGCAAAUACUCUACUUUAUGAGGCAAGAGGCUAAAGAAAUCAUAUCUGGCUAAAGAUGGAUUGGAAACACUCAUUGUUGCUUCCCAAAUAGUGAAAUUUCAAAGAUCUGAAGCUUGCUAUAAUUAUACAGUAAGUUCCAGUGAACGAACAAGCUGGUUUUAAUCUUGUGAAGAAGGACCCAAUCGCACGAAUUUAUGUAUGGCAGACGUCGAAGAAGUCCAGUACCCUGCCGAUGGUGUACACGAAGAUGGUGCACAAGGAGCUGUCAAAGUUGAGCAACAACCUGUUGACGUCCAAGCACCGGCUACGCCUGCUCUACCACAACCUCCGGCGGCUGUACCACAACCACCUGCUGAUAAUGAACAACUUGAGAAUGGGGGCGAAACGAAACCAGCACAAACCAAUCAUAUUUGGCAACUGUAAAGCAGUUUUGCAAACGGUUAUAAUGGUUUACUUUGCUGCAAACCUUGUCUUUGGUGAAGAAGAGGAAGAAACUAAAUUUUGUAAAAGAGGAUGGACUGAAUUUGUUGGAGACAGGAAGCAAUGGGAAAGAGAAUGUUUAAUUAAUGAUGCUAGAAAAAUGUCACCCUGCUGUAAUGAGACGGCUGACUAUCUUGAAGAGAGAUAUGAAAAAUACAUCAAGUUGUGUCCCAUUUUGGAAGGCGAAUGCAAAUGCAAUUUUCAAGAGCAAAGAGUAGAUGGUUUUGCCUACGGUGACAUGUCCGACCCAGUAUCAUGGACGAAGCCAAAUAUUUCAUGCACACAUAAGUGUCAACUUCAUCAACUCAAAGUGGUACCAAGCCUAAGAUCACCACGCAGCUUAUUCCCUGUGGGUUUAAAAAAAAUCGAGUAUGUAUUCAAACUUUAUGGAGGACUGGAGAAAUCAUGUACAAUUAUGGUCUAUAUUCACUCCUUUGAUUCUAAAAAAAUCGAAGAGGUGAGCAAGAAAAAUAACCAAACAAAAGUUUCAGAUUGCAAAAAAGAUAUUCUGGUUCUCUGGAACAAUUCCAAUUUUGUUGACUUUGACCCAAAUAUAAAAGAAUUCCUAAAGAAGUUUAUUAAAAAUAAAAAACUGGACGUGAAGAGACGAGGCACUCAUCUUGGUUUUAUCAGCUUUUCGAACUCCAAAGGAUCGAACCAGAGAAGUACUGAAAAUUGGAAAAAUUAAGAAUAGGAAGGAGUUGAUAAAGUGGCUGGAUAGCUCUCAGUAUGAUUGGAAAAGCAAUGCGACAAAAAAGAGAAACGCAUAUGAGCUUGCUAUCAAUACGUUGACCAACAGCAGCCGCAAAAAUUUCCGUGCUAACGUCGACGAUGUCAUUUUGUUGUUAAUGUUAAACAAUGGAACGGAGAAUAGCUUAAGAAUUCAAGCUAGGGUUUUUGAUAAAUUAAUGACACAGAAGAACGAAACAGUCACCAUUGUCGGCUUAUCUGGUGGCAUUGUAACUCAGCUCAAAGACUGGAAACUUUACCUUAAACGCUGGUCGUUCCAACAGCUAGUGGCAAAAUCAGUAAUAACGAGCAGCUUGGACGAAGUGGUAAAUAAAACCGUCGAUGCUUUAUGCGCUUCAUUUAUAGGUGGAUGUGAAUGUAUCGGUGAUAAAGAAAUAACUGUGUAUGCUCAACCAGGUUCACCCACAGGAUUAGCCAGUUGGACAGUCCCGGAAGUCACAUGUUCUGGUUAUGAGAGAGGCGAAGUUGACCCACCUGGUGUCACGUCUCCUAAGCAUUAUCCUCUUGGAAAGAGCACAAUUACUUAUUCGUACUGGUCCAUGCGUGAUGGCAAGAUUGCUGGGCUUAAAUGUUUUGUCAACAUUAACGUUGUUCGUAAGUAUUUUAUGAUAAUGUGCUCUCGAGUAUAUUAUUUUGAGACACAAUUAAAACACUAUAAAAUAAAUGUGUGUUUCUGCAUGGGCUUCUAGAAAUGAAAUUCUUUGAUUUUCAGUCUAUUUUAUAUGAAUAAAACACUGAACAGCAAAAUAACUGCAGUAUAUGAUAAUCAGAAAGGACUAGAUUUCAGAACAUAAAAAGUGCGUUUUCCAUGCAAACUAAAACCAAAGAUGUAUUAUUGUCCAUCCGAAAAUCAAUUGAAAUCGAGAAUUGCGCAAUUA